CGGGAUGCGAAAAAAGUGGCGGAGACCACUCUGGCAAAAGAAGGUACUCAUCAUUACACCUUGUCAACUCCUGUGGUUUCUCGCGAAGAGAAAAACAUAGAACAAGUAAUAACCACAAUUCAUAAUUUCACGAAUCCCUUCAUAGAGCGGAACAACGGUCUUUUCCAUGUCGUGACAAAGGUUGUAAUGCCAAGCAAGGUCAAGAAGGAUCUUUUGGAAAAGAGUGAGAUUGGCCAGAAACUGUUUGAGACCUUAGUGAAAGAUCGCAACAAGUCAGGAAACAUCAAUCUUUGGUCUCCGAUGAACAAAAGAAAGCUCCAGACAUGGAAGACCAUGGGGAAGAAGAUAAAGGUUUCUAGUGCCGGUCUAGCCUGCGUAGCUGGCGGGAUUAGCGUGGAAGUGCUAUUGUUUUGGCGGCGGAGCCGCGAGAAGAGUGGGUAUUCAAGUCAAUUUCGGAAUUUUCCCUCGCGGCUUCCUCGACUCGCGUGGCGGCCCCGCCACCAAAAAAGUACCCAGGGCAAAAAAAUCCUGCCAGCUACGCAGGCUAGUGCCGGUCAAAUAGUGGAGUUACAAGAAGACUGAAAUUUGUUUGUGCACAUGAUGGUGAUAUGCAAAAGCCGACCUGAGAUCGACAUCCAAGAAGCUGUUGGAACGAACGAAUUUACAGUGGUACCGAUAUCUAUGUUCGCUCCAGACGGAGAAAUGCUAUAAUGCCCGGCCAAAAGUGCACUUUUGUCCAUUCUAGAGAAGCUUCCGGCCAAUACAGAUUGCAGCUGCUAUUCAAGAUAAUGCAAGUCAGGCAGAAAGAACAAGAGUCUCUAUCAUCGAUGCAAUGGCAAGGUACAAUCCCUAGAUAAGCCAAAGUCCUUAAGAGGCUGCUUUGACGUCCCAGACCACUUUGCAUACCGAAUUUUUGAAAAGUAUUACGACAGUGAUGAGUUCCCCCUUAUAUUUGAUAGAUACGAUCUGCCGACUAUCAAUAACUAGUAUGGAACAGUAACACGAACCCCAAUCCAGCCUUAUCCACAACGAAGGACUUCGGCUGGGAAUGGAAAGACGACGACAAUGCGUGGAUUCCCGUCAUGACAACAAUACUCACUGCACCUGAGGCCAUAAUUCAUCUCGUGAAGUGCAAAUGUGUCAAGGAAAGGUGUACCACCAAGCGCUGCCAGUGCAGUAAGGCUAACAUGAAUUACAUGGAUCUCUGUGGCUUUUCGGACAUGGGCGAACGUUGCGAAAAAAUUCCCAAAGAUGACAACUAUGAAGAAGAUGACAGUGGUGACUAUGACAAAAAUGCUGAUGAAGCUGAGUAUGAAUACGUAACCGAUUCUGAUGGUGAUGAUUUCAAUUUAAGCCAAUUGCUAGCGAAAUUAGAUACAUCCUCCAUUAACAGACAACAAUCACAUAUCCAAUUCUAGCUGUAGCUUAAAAUUUGCUGCCAAUGUGCAGUUUCUAAGCAAGAUUGUUUAUUAUAUCUCGUAUCAAGUGUAAGAAAUCAUGUCAGGUAAAAAUAUAAACGACAACCGGUAGAAAUAAUCACAGGAGGUUCUGGAAUUAUUUGUAUUAAUGUCAGUCAGCGUACUUCCCUAAAAUGGGUUUCCUGUUGUUUUAAAAUCUCUUAGGCGAAAAAUUGGUUAAAAACGAGAAAAUGCGUGAUGAGAGUUUCGAUUUCAGUGAUAUUGAUGUAGUGUACGCAUGGUGA